AUGCAAACAAAUGAACUAGUAGUCGAAAGCUUACCAAAAGUGAAUUCCGAUGAGCUAGCUGAAGUUGUUGUUGUUACAGAAACUGUUCCACCAAACAGAAUUGAUGUAGUCGAACGAUUCCUCAUAGCAUCAUCGGCUGUUCUUCCUUCGGGAAGAUUGAAUGCAUUGCUUCGGAUGUUGAGCGAAAAUUGGGAUGUUAGCUGCUGGAGAAUGAAACACGGUGAGCUGAGAGGCCGGAGUAUUGAAGGUGGGUUGUUGUUGUCCGUAGAAGAGACGGAAGAAGUGAGAUUUCUAGCGGAAUAA